AAUUAUUUUUCAGGAUGUGGCUUUAUUGGACGGCAUAUUUUAUCUGAGCUUGUGACAACUGAUGUGACCUCAAGUAUUUGUGUAGUGGACAAGGUACCACCUCAGAUUGCCUGGCUUAAUGAGCACCACUCAAAAUUCUUCACUGAUGACAUCAUAACCUUCAGAAGUGCUAAUCUAAUUAAUCCAGCAUCAUGUGCAGCAGCUUUUGGAGAAGAGGAUUGGGAUUGGGUCAUAAAUGCUGCUGGAGAGACUAAAACUGGACAGGUGGAGGCAGUUUAUCGUGAAGGAAUAGUUCGUCUGUCAACCAAUUGUGCAAAUGAGGCAGCAAAAAGGAAAGUGAAAGUAUAUCUGGAAGUCUCCGCUGGAAACAUGUUCUCUGAUGAAAAGGUGCCGCACAAAGAGAGUGAUGAUUGUAUCCCUUGGACAGUGACAGCGAAGUGUAAGCUUCAGGUAGAAAAGGAAAUGAAGAGUAUUCCAGGCCUGAAUUGGAUUAUUGUGCGACCUGCUAUAGUGUAUGGAGUGUCUGACAAGAUGGGCCUUACUCCACGUUUGGUAUUUGGAGGUGUGUAUCGCUAUCUUAAUGAGACGAUGAAAAUGUUAUGGGAUGAAAAUCUUCGAAUCAACACUGUUCAUGUGGUGGAUAUGGCACGGGCUGUUGUGUUCCUGUGUGAAAAGGAAAGAACUGGCCAAAUCUAUAACCUUGUGGAUGAUGGCAACACCAAACAAGGAGACAUAAACAACAUAAUAUCAGACAUCUUCAACAUUAAUCAUGACUAUUGGGGAAAUACUUUGUCAACAAUUGCAAAGCUCAUCUAAUGCCCAUAUGAGCUAUGUACACCUACCAUGCAACUUACGACCUGCUCGACUUACGACCACUCGACUUACGACCGUGUUUUUUAUGCCAAAAUUUCUGGGAAAUAAACAACUAUUUGUGUUGUACACAGUGUUUAUC